GGUCAAGUAUAUGAAAGGUGCGUUACAUAGCUUAUGCACAUUUUCUUUCCUACAGUUAGAAAUCAUUUACCACAGACUAAAAUCAUAUAAACGUAUAUGAUUAUUUUAUUGAAUGUAAUGCUUGUAAAAAUGAUGACUGAAGUAUCCAAUUUCUUUGGCUUCAUUUGAUACUCGUAUUAUGCAUUUCUAUAUACGAAUCAAUUAAAUUUCUAGUUUGAACAUCUUUAUUUUUCUUGCUAAUAAACUAUAUACAUAUCUAUACAUAGAAAGAGAGAAGUAUAUGCAUACAUACAUUUAUAUUUACAUAUUAGUUCCACUUAUGGUUACUUCUAUAUCUGCGGAAGAAUUUCAACGUUUUCAAUCUCAAUUACUUGAUUUACGUGAAGCACAAAUUACAGCAAAUGAUGCAAAACUACGUGCAGAGAAACGUAUUAAACAAUUAGAAGAAGAAUUAAUUUAUACACAAUCAGCAUUAACUAAUGCUCAAACUACAUUUUCUGAUCAUAAUUCAUUAUUAGAAGAAUUAAAACAAGAGAAUAAAUUAUUACGUGAUAAAUUAUUUAAUACUGAAUCAUCAUUUCAAUUACAAUCAUCUACAUUACGAGCUGAAUGUUAUCGGUUAACUAAUGAAUUAGAUAAAUUAUCACAACAAUUAUCAUCCAAUCAUACAGAUACUACUAAUACUACUACUACUAAUAAUAAUAAUAAUAGUAGUAGUAAUAGUAGUCGACAAGAUGAUUUUUGUCAAACAAUGAUCAUUAACUUACAACAUCAAUCAAUUCAAACGAAUAAUGAUCCAAAUUGUGAAUUGAAUCAAAUUCCCGCAUUUUUAAUGAAUGAUAUAGAAAAUCUUACAAAUUCAUUAAAACAAGCUAAUUACACUCAUGAUCAAUUAAAACAAACCAUUGAACAAUUGAAUAAUAAAGUUGAUACCAUUGAAAAUCAAAUAUCAUUUGAUAUAUUCAAUGCUCAACAAACCAUUAAAAAAUUAACUCAAGAAAAUAAAUCCCUUUUAAUAGAAUUAAAUAAAUCUCAAGAGAAAUGUUAUGAAUUGAAUAUUAUUGAAAGUGAAUUACGUAAUCAAAUAGAUGUGAUAAAACGUCGUAGUGAAAAAUUAAAUCAUGAAUUAAGACGUCAAUUAAGUCGAUUUAUACGUAAUCAACAUAAUGGUGAUAUUGAUAUAUCUAUACAACAAUUAAGAAAGAAUUCAUUACAUUCAUCAUCAUCUUCAUUAACUAGUAGUAAUAUAAUCUUAGGAAAUUCAACAUCUGAUGGAAUAUCUAAUGAAAUGAUGAAUAAUUCAAUGAUGAUGAAUAAUAAUUUAUCAAAUGUAUCUAUGUCGAAAAAUACUAGUUUUCAUGAAAUGCCUCCAGGAUUUUUUUCAACAGCUGACUUUAAAGCUAUAAUCGAUCGAAUGUCAGAAGUCCAAGAAGAAAAUUGUACUCUUCGAAGAUGUAAAAAACGUUUGGAAGCAGAUUUAAUGGCUAAAAGCAAAGUUAUACAAAAGGGAUUAGAUAAUUACCUUCAGUCUCCAUUAAUUUAUCAUGGUAACAAUGACACUGUCACUGCUACUACUACUACUUCAAUACCAACUUCAGCAGUAUCCUCAAGUCAGUAUCGAUCAGUUCCGUCAAGUAUUUCACCGUAUACAUCUGCAACUACUCCAUCUUCUUCGUCAUCAUCAUCAAAUUUCCCUAAUUCAACGACAUGGUUUCCAUUCUUGAGAAAUCUCACUUCAACAUCGGACUCAUCAACACUGACAUCAGCGUCAACAUCAUUAUCCAGUGUGAAUUUACAAACAGUUAAUCGAUUGAAAUUCAUGUGUGAACAAUUAAUGACAGAGAAUAUUGAAUUAAAAGAGAAAUUACAAAGUAUACCAUAAUCAAUUUUGUCCUGAUCCCGACAGAUAAAUAAGAUUGUGUAUGUGUGAGUGUUUGUAUGUAUAGAUAAGUGUUCUUUACUUCAACCUACUAUUUGUAUCAUUUUUAUUGAAGAAACUUUUAUUCCAUUCCAGUGUUGUUGUUGUUAUUGUUGUGUGUGUGUGUGUUCGUUUACUUUUCGGUGCUGUUCGAUUUUUAGAGUUUGUUUCUUUUCUCUCUAUUACUUUCUUGUUGUUCAGAUCUCAUCAUUUGUUUAUUGUUUCUAUAAUGAAAAACACAGAUUAUUUACUUACUUAUUAUUUACUUACCUGUGUAGUUUGAUUUUUGUCCCCCCCCCCUUUUUUCAUUUUUUUUAAAUAGAAAAAAAUGAUGUGUGGGUGUGUUUCUUUGUAUCUUGGUUUCUUGACAAAGAAGAACCCAGUGUUUACAUAACUUGUACAAAAAAACAGAAUUUCUAAAAGUAGUAUGCACUGUUUUUCUUUAUUUUAAUUUGAGAUUAUUAUUAUUUUGUGUUUGUGUCUCGGUGAUACAUACAUAUAUGAAUAUAUACGCAUUCACACACACACACAUACGUGUACGUAUAUGCAUAGAUAUAUGUGCACACUAAUACACUUAACACUUAUCCAAAUUACGCACAAAUUCACUUUCAUAUACACAUUCAAGUACACUUUCACACAGACAUACAUAUCAGAUACAAAUAUACCGAUAUAUUUAGACAAAAUUACAUUCAUAUAUAUAUAGAAGAUCGUUUUUCUAGAACAAGAAGCACUCAAAGUAUCCUUUCUUCAUUAAGGUUUCUCAUUAUACUUUCAUUACUAUUAUCAUUAUUAUCAGUAAUACUUAACCAAUCUUUUCUAUUAAUUGCACAAAUAUUUUUUUUGCCUUUUAAGAAAAUUUAUUUCUUAUUCUUGUAAAUGACAUUGAUGUUUGUGUAAUGGUAAGUUACUUCAUGGUGAUUUUUGUUGUUGAAGGAGGAAUUAUUCGGCGAACAGUGUCAAAUUGUAUACAUUUUCAAUAAAGUUGAAUAUUUGAUGGAUCUUUAAAUGGUACUUGUACCCUAACCUACAUUGUAACAAUUCUAGCUAGCUAUAUUGGUUAUAUAUACAUUCAAAAAAAAAAACUCAUCAUAUCCCGAGUAGAUGAUUUUAGUUUACACUAUGAGUGAAAUUGUCAAAUUUUACAGCAGAGAGUUGUAAUAUUGAAUUAAUUGGGGUUUUGAACAUGUGUCCACGGUCUUCACUAAAAAUUUUUUCCUAUAGAGAAAAGGGGAAAUGACACACACCUACAUAUACACAUUUGUAUUUCACUGAUUUUUAUUGCUCACAGUAAGGUUCAAAAGGUUUAGAAUUAAGAUAACGAAAUCUGAAAAAGGAUAUACAUGAAAGAACAGUAUGUAAUUAGUCUGAAGUAGUUUCUCCUUGAGCUCUAAAGUUGCUGUGGUCAUCAACACUAGACCCGUUUCAUUUUUCAGUUUCUCAAUAAGAAUAUUACUUUUCAACGAUGUAUAACUAAUCAUAGUGUGUCAAUCGUCCAUAAUGUUUUAAGUACUUAGAACAUCAGCUCUAAUACCAAAAUGGUAUUUAACUAUAUGAAUGGAUAAACUUCGCACCAAACCACAAGACUUACUGUUUUUGAUUUCAUUGGUUCGUUCACAAAUUAUAGUCUAGGCGAUUCCACUGAGAGUUCACUGUGUUGGCUGCUUAUUUUUUUGUUUUUGCUUAUAUUUUAUUCUUAGUCGUGAGUUGGGUAGUUUAGAACUAAAUUUGCGUAUGACAUUGGUCUAGUGUCGUGACAUACUAUCUGGAUUAUCGAUCGAGUUAGUGACCAGUCUAAUUUCUAGUAUACAGUCUAAUGAUCCUAUAUCAAAUCACCUCAGUGACAAAAAAGGUUGUUUCUUCAUUCUAGAAAAAUAUAACAACCGAUAUCCAG